AUGGAUUUCAAUGAAACGGGAAACUCACUGUAUCUUGCUGGUGACGGAUGGGUCACAGACAUUUACGAUGCCAGGAGUGGCCCGGUGACUACCAACCCAAUGGCGGCAGGCUUCGCUCCUACAUGUCCCCCCUACAACGGCGGCGAAUAUUUAGAAUCUCCGGAGCAGGUUUACGAGCCAAGGAGACGCCUAUACAGCGAUGAAUACACCCACCAAUCCCCCGAUCCGGAGUACUGCAAUGCUCCAUCUCAUUUUUCAACCAGAGAAACCGCCGAUGACUCCUUUUUCGAUGCCGCUUUCGUGUCCUCUCAGGCUUUGCAAGUGCCGUCGCCAUCGCUGGCGCUAAUUGAUUAUCUGAGACCGGGACCAAUACCAUUUGAGGGCUACGGCAGCGGUGACUGGGACAGCGAGCAUAUAGCACAACUGCGAUCCGGAUCAGACGCUCUUCCCUUUUACUCGAGUACCGAUAACCUCGAUUAUGGUUGCAAUGCUCAUGGAACCAACUAUCCAACCAGCGGCAUAGAUGGCGAUGGCCUCCUGGGUAACUUAUACCCUUCCGAGACAGCUUUACAGCCUGUAGCGGAGGCAAAUGUAACAGGAGUGGAAGCGGGAGCAGCCGCUUCACUUCAGAACACAAUGUAUCGGGGAUCACUGAGUGAUUUCAUGGCCAAGCCGGAAACAAUACCUGGUUUUCCAGGACAGCCAGCUCCGUUGGCCAUGCCAGGAGAAUCAUCGCGGCAACCAGCGCCGACGUAUAUGACAUCACAACAGCCGGACUAUGCGGUGACCUCAUCUCCCUACACCGUCAUUUCACCUCCCUCUUCCGUCAAGUCCUCACCUCGGAAGCGCAGUGCUUCAGCGGCUAGGAUCGACAAGAGUCCUGUGGGUCCAAAGAAACGAGUCAUCAAGGCUCACAUGUUGGCAAAAGUUGACAACAUUGAAGACUCUAAAUUGAAAAUAGAGACCGACAAAAUGCCCACAUUUGAAUACCAAGAGUACUUCCACUCGCCUGCGGACGCCAGUAUGAAGCUCAAGCGUCUUCUCGAGCUGUUUCGAAAGUCCGAGGACAACUGCAGCAGCCCCUCUACAAACUCUACGUUUCCUCAGAGCAAUGAGGACAAGAAGAGAUACGUUGAGAAGCUUUUCAAUGCCAUCAACGAUUGGGAAAACAUCAAUGAGUGGUCACAGACUCUGGUCCCCGAAGAGCGGAACCGAGUGAUGGACGAACACCGGCGUAUGAAGGAGGAAGCCAACAGCGCAACUCCAGACAAGAAGCUGAACGAUAUACCGUUAGACGAAAUGCGGCCGACCCGGGACGAACUUCCAACUCUUGACGUACAACAGAAGAAGAUAUUGGGUCGGCAGUUGAACGACCAGACAGUAGAAUGGCUCUGCUGGGAGCUCAUUCGUGUCGAUGCGAUGUGUUUUGCUCUGACGAAAUCGAAGCAGCUCGUCAAAUCCCUUCUAUCUGCAGGUGACGGAUGGAAGCUCCGCAUCGCUAACAACCCACGUGGAGAGCUCGGGCACAAAGGAAACAACAUGAAGGUCAACAUGAACAAGAACAACCGUCUGCGGCAAAUCACCCAAAUGGAGAACACUGCUGGAAACAAUCCGUUGCCAGAAGCCGCCAGCCGAUCGGCAACGGCGGGAACAGCGGGCAGCAGCUCUGGCAACAGGCGUUGA